UGGUUGAACACGAUGCCCGGUGCCCCAGCAGAGCCCCCAUCGCAUCAAAAAAGAACAGCUAAGCCUCUGUACAACAUUUUCACCUCCAGCCCCAUCAGCACCUGCUUCAAGAAGCCAAUCUUUAAAGAAAAAGCAGCCAGUAAUUCCAGCCAGCACUUGGAAACAUCUAAUCACUCGGAGCACCAGGAUAAACAGCAGAUCUCCACUCCACAAACAAAGACUGAAGCAGCUUGUCUUAAACAAGGGGCCGGAGACCGGUCCAUUGAAAUCAAAGUGGAACCACACAGGCUGGCUCUGGAGCCUUCUACAGAAACAACCCCUCCCAGCUGUGAGAGUGAACUGCCGUCGAAAGACAAUCCUGACAAAGAUGAAGAGGAGGAGGAGGAGGAGGGUGAGGAGGACCAAUCUGUCUUCUUUACUCCAGAACUUUUCGGGGGUGAAGACGAGGAAGGCACCCCACAGAAAGAGACAAAGACCAAGUCACCUCCCAGGAUGCUUUCGGGGGCAGAGAGCCCUACUCUGCUGUCAGAAGAACGUUUUGGCUCUGAGCAGGCCCGAGGGCAAGGGCCAGCCUCUGCUUCUGAUGGACAGAGUGCUAUUUCAGUCAGAGAGGAGAGCAUAGAGCUGACACAGAAACAGCAAGAAGAAGUCAUAAUACAGAAGCAGGGUGAGGAGGGAGAGCAGAGUGAGAACCAGAGCAGGCAGACAGGCAGUAGGCUUCGCAGGUUGUCCAGGUCCAGAAAGCAAGCUCCCUCUACUCCAACAGGUGGAGGCUGUGGAGCCAAGAGAGCAGGGAAAGUCAGCCUUCAGCAGAUUGAGACCAGGAGCAGCCAGAGGAGGACCAGGCCAGAUCAUGAGUUAAAGGUGGUGAUGGUGGGUUUGAAUAGCAGACCAUCCAGAGACAGACUCAUAAGAGAAUACAGUUCAAAAAAAGACACAGUUCAAGAGAAUGUUUAUCAGGCACAUUUCUUCAAACCAAGUGUGAUUGACAGAGGGACUGAGUCAGGAAGGUGCCCUGUGGGUGUGAGGGAACACAAAGCUCUUAAAACACCUGCUAGUUCCACGAGGACUGAGACAGACGAUGUGACUCCAAAACAAGGCGGCAUAGGGGGCCUGCAAGAAGCUGGAGCAGCACGAUGUAGUCCUACGAGUCCAGCAGCGGAUGGUCCAGGAACUCAACACACCACACCAAAAGCAGUGGAACUGAUGUGGAACUGGAAAGAAUACAAGCUCACAAUGGCUGCUGCCCUAAAGACUCUGAUUACAAUAGUGAAAGAGCACAAGCCAUGCUCUCUGGGCCUCUACUGUUCUCUGUGUGAGAAGGAACUACUUCCUGUGGCACAUGGUUCACUGCGAAGUGCUUUUUGUGAAUUUGAACAUCUGGCUUUUCUGAGAAAAAUAUUUAGUUCUGCAACAACGACCCGCCGCUGCCAGUGUGCACCACAUCAGCCAUCACUUUUAGACGACUCCGGCUCACUGCUGGUAGUGCAAAGUCUCACAGCAAUGAAGGCCCUGAGGACUGCUCUGCAACCCUACUGUGAUAGCAGUUUAACUGCAUAUAACGCCAUCUGGAAUCCCGAGGAAGGCUCUGUUACCAGACUUCUGCAGUGCAGCGGCUGUUUGUCUCAAAGCCCCUUUCUGUCUGCAGCAUUAAUUGCAGCAGAGAUCCAGUGGCCUCGAGACAUGGCUCAAGAUCAG